AUGUCGUCGUCAAACUCACCGUGCGCAGCCUGUAAGUUUCUCAGGCGAAAAUGCACGCAGGAGUGCGUGUUCGCGCCUUAUUUCCCACCGGACCAGCCCCAGAAGUUCGCCAACGUCCACAAGGUAUUCGGAGCCAGCAAUGUCGCCAAGAUCCUCAACGAGCUCAACGCUACGCAGCGGGAAGACGCCGUGAACUCGCUGGCCUACGAAGCGGAGGCACGCCUCCGUGACCCGGUCUACGGAUGUGUGGGCCUCAUCUCCAUCCUCCAGCAACGGCUCAAGCAAGUCCAGGCUGACCUCUACAACGCCAAGAAGGAACUCGCCACUUACAUGGGUCCUCAAGCCAUGCUUUCCAUUCUUCAGCCACCACCAACUUACAUGCCCCAACAGCUGCAAGGAAACGCUUCUUCUUCGGCUGUUUCGCCGUACACCAUGUCUCCAAUGAUGGGCAUUUCGACCGGCCCUACUUCCGGGCAGUUGAUGAUUCGAGAGCCGCAGCAGCAACAACAACAACAGCAGAUGUUUGAGGCUCAGCAGUUGGCGGCGGCUGUGGCGGCGAGAGAGCAGCAGGAGAUGUUCAGGAGUUUCGAUCAAAGUAAACAGUCAAUGCAGCAAGGUCAAGAGCAUGUGAGAUUUAACAGUGGGUUUGACUUGUCCCCCGGCUCAGUGACCGUGAGCGGGUUCACUCAGAUGGCUGGAGCAGUGUGCAAUGCUGUUUCACCUUCUUUGGCUCUGGGGUUUGAUAGCAAUUCUUAUCAUCAUCAGAUUCAGCCGCAACAAUCACAUCAUCAUCAUCAGCUUCAGCUUCAGGCUCAGCUCUUGCUCCAAACCCAACAGCCUCAAGGGCAGCAUCAGAACCAGCAAUCACAGCAGACGCAGCUGCAGCAAAAGUCCGAUCCUGGCGAGGAGGGCGGUAGGAGUGUGGGUCCCUCCUGUUGA